AUGGUCUCAAUCGAAGAUUCUCUCUCCCGCUCCGGCUCCCACUCCCACUCCAAUCCCAACAUCACCAGUUCAUACUCCCAAACGCGGCCUUACUACUACUACACUCCACCGCCGUCCUCCGCCAGAAUCAGCCGAUCGAUGGGGCGGUCCAUGCGCACGGUGCGGUCCAACAUCUUCGGCGCUCACGACUCCGGCCCCAUCGUUGAGAAGUCGCCCAAUGUCUCUGAGAACCUUACCGACUCGGUCAUCGACCUCCGCCUCGGCGAGCUCGCCAGCAAAUCGUCUCGCAACUCGAAGAGCCCCUCGUCCUCCGACCUCGACGGUAUACUCGACAUCUCCACCGCCUUCAGCGACUUCUCCGCCUGCUCGAGCGACAUAUCCGGCGAGCUCCAGCGCCUGGCCAAUCUCCCCGUUCCCGGCCCGAGCGAGGUUGCAAGCUCGGUGCCCGAGAUCGAGCCUUGUGCCGGGUUCCUGCAGAGGGAGACGUUCUCCACGGAGAUAAUCGAAAUCAUCUCGCCGGAGGACCUCCAGCCUACGGUAAAGCUCUGCGUCGACGGCCUUCAAUCCCCGUCGGUCGCCGUUAAAAGGUCCGCUGCGGCCAAGCUGCGCCUGCUGGCCAAAAACCGGGCAGACAACCGGGCCCUAAUCGGAGAAUCCGGCGCCGUCCCCGCCCUCAUCCCUCUCCUCCGCUGCUCGGACCCCAUGACCCAGGAGCACGCAGUCACAGCCCUCCUUAACCUCUCCCUCCACGAGGGCAACAAGAGCGUGAUUACAAACGCCGGCGGCAUCAAAUCCCUUAUCUACGUUCUGAAAACGGGCACCGAGACCUCCAAGCAGAAUGCGGCUUGUGCUCUGCUCAGCCUUGCCCUGGUCGAGGAGUACAAGCUCUCGAUUGGAGCUUCUGGCGCCAUACCCCCGCUCGUGGCCCUACUGAUAAACGGGUCCAACAGAGGCAAAAAGGAUGCCCUCACGACCCUCUACAAGUUGUGCUCCGUGAAUUUAAACAAGGAAAGGGCGGUUAGUGCUGGGGCUGUUCGGCCACUUGUGGGGCUAGUGGGGGAGCAGGGAACGGGGUUGGCAGAGAAGGCCAUGGUGGUUCUGAGUAGUCUGGCGGGAAUUGAGAUGGGGCGGGAGGCCGUAGUAGAGGAGGGUGGGAUUGUGGCCUUAGUGGAGGCAAUCGAGGAUGGCAGUGAGAAGGGGAAGGAGUUUGCGGUUUUGACUCUGUUGCAGUUGUGUGCAGAGAGCGUGACAAACAGGGGAUUGUUCAUCAGGGAAGGCGGGAUUCCUCCGUUGGUGGCUUUGUCCCAAACGGGGACAGCUAAAGCUAAGCAUAAGGCUGAAAGGCUUCUUGGCUACUUGAGAGAAUCAAGAGGGGAAGCUUCUUCUUCGAGCCCAUAA